AUGUCUCAAGCGAAAAUCUCAGCCUUCUUCCGCAAGAAGGAUGGUGCCGCCUCCGCAUUCGACACCUCGUCCGAGAGCGUGGAGCCAGACUCCCCCGUGAAGACCAAGACGAAGAGAAAAGCUCGAAUCGAAAGUUCUGACAGUGAGGAGGAUACCAAAUCUCCGAAGGAAGCUAAACCUAAGCCAGAGAAACCGAAAGAGAAUAAGACACCUCCGAAGAACGAGGUUCAAGCGGAGCUCGAUCCAGCAAAGGAGGCGGUCGGCAAAGGAUUGAAACGCAAGCUCAGCAGUGGCAGUCCAAAAGACGCCCCACCGACCAAACGUCAGUCGAAAGUCGGCGAAACUCCGGAGGUCGAAAAAACUAGCAAGGCAAAGGCUGGAAGAAAAUCGUCUCCGAAGACAACCAAGACCAAGAGCCCCAAGAACAAGAAAAAUGAGAUGUGCGAGGAAGGAGCGGAACGGAAAGCCAACGUGAAAGAGCAACCUCUCUCCCCCAUGGCAGUCAACACAUCCGUUGAUGAGAAAGACACCCAGGAAGGCGAAAGGAUUCCGAAGGAUUCUCCCAAGGAAGAACCACAAACCCCUAAGCUCAAUUUCGGAAAAGCCGAGAGCACCACCAGCAAAGCGGGGGAAGAAUAUCGACCGGACAAGUCCAACUACGACCCCGUGAAUGACGCAGUUUGGAAAAAAGACGAGAAAAUACCGUACCUGGCCUUCUGUCGGACACUCGAAUGCAUUGAUAACAAUUCCUCAAGACUGAAAAUGAUCGAAAUCCUGUGCAACUUCUUCCGCAGUUGCCUCGCUGUCUCGCCGAAUGAUCUCAUCUAUGCCGUUUAUUUGUGUUUGAACAAAAUCGCGCCCGAUUACGAGGGCAAGGAAUUAGGCAUCGGCGAUUCUUUGCUCAUGAAGGCCGUGGCUGAAGUCACAGGGCGUACCAUGGACGCCAUAAAGAAAGAAGUCCACGUCAAAGGCGAUCUCGGCAGCGUUGCCGAGGCGUCCAAGUCGAACCAGAAAAUGAUCUUCGCUCCGCCGAAACUUCUGCUCUGUAACGUUUUCAACAAGUUGAAACAAAUCGCCCAGCUCAGCGGACACAGCGUUCAGACGAAGAAAGUCGAUAUGAUCAAGAGCAUGUUCGUGGCAUGUAGAGGAUCCGAAUCGAAGUUUCUCAUCAGAUCUUUGACGGGCAAGCUCCGAAUCGGUCUGGCAGAGUCCAGUUUGCUCACAGCUUUGGCGCACGCCAUCACACUCCACGACCGGCCGAAGCUUCUGAAGACCCUGGGCAGCGAUUCUACGAAGAAAGUCCUCGAGGAAGCGACUCUCACAUUGAAGACGGUUUAUUGCGAAUGUCCGAACUACGACAAAAUCAUCGAGGUUCUCCUCAGAGACGGCUUCGACGCUCUACCCGAGAAGUGUAAAAUCACACCGGGCGUCCCAAUGAAGCCUAUGUUGGCCCAUCCGACCAAAGGCGUCGCCGAUGUUCUCAAACGUUUCGAUAACAUGAGCUUCACCUGUGAAUUCAAGUACGAUGGCGAGCGAGCGCAGAUACACAUGACCGAAGGCAAGAAGAUCUCGAUUUUCUCUCGUAACCAAGAGAACAACACCACCAAAUACCCGGACAUUAUCGAAAGGAUCUCCAAAAACGUCAAGGACGACGUCACCGACUUCAUAAUGGACUCCGAAGCGGUGGCUUACGAUCGGGAGAAGAAACAAAUUCUGCCCUUCCAGACCCUGAUGCAUCGCAAGAAAAAAGACGUCGAUCAAAAAGAAAUCACCAUCCAGGUGUACGUUUUCGCCUUCGAUCUCUUGUACUUGAACGGCCGAUCCCUCGUACGCGAACCUUUCAGGGAGCGUCGCCGGCUUCUGAGAGAACACUUCAACGAAGUCGAGGCGGAGUUCGGUCUGGCACAAAACGCCGAUCUCGACAACGUCGAGGACAUUCAAGAGUUCCUCGAGCAGAGCAUCAAAGGUAACUGUGAGGGUCUCAUGGUGAAGACUCUGGACAACGAUGCCACAUACGAGAUUGCGAAACGUUCGCAUAAUUGGUUAAAACUGAAGAAGGAUUAUCUCGAGGGUGUUGGUGACACAAUCGACGUCGUGGUGAUCGGUGGAUGGAAGGGUAAGGGAAAGAGAACUGGUACCUACGGAGGAUUUCUGUUGGCGUGUUACGACCCCGAAAGCGAGGAAUUCCAAUCUCUCUGUAAGAUUGGCACUGGUUUCAAGGAAGAGGAGCUCGAACAGCACACAAACUUCUUCAAAGACCACGUUUUAGACAAAGUGAAACCGUACUAUAACGCCGACGCGAGCCUGCAGCCCGACGAUUGGUUUGACGCUGUCCAAGUUUGGGAGAUUAAGUGCGCGGAUCUCUCAAUAUCGCCCCUCCAUAGAGCGGCGGUGGGUUUGGUGGACCCUGAGAAAGGUAUCUCAUUACGCUUCCCUCGAUUCAUCAGGAUCAGAGACGACAAGAAUCCGGAAGACGCGACGAGCGCUGAGCAGAUCGCAUCGAUGUAUCGUAGCCAAGAUCAGAUCAAGAAUCAGGGACAGGCUGACGAAGAAGAUUUUUAUUGAGUUCCCGUGCUCGAGGAACACUUGGAACUUUGAAUAGAGUAUCAGAUCACCCUCAUCGAUACGUGUACAUGACUUAUCCAGGUCUG